AUGGCUUAUGCCUACGAUCGUAGUGCAGAGGCUGGUCAUGAUAACGUUCCGAUUUACACAACCAGCCAUUCCCCCGACUUUCGAGAUACUUCUUCGCGCCGGGACGAAUCUGUCCAUACCAAGACCCCCAGACCCGACAACAUGACUACUUCUACGGCCGAUGAUGGCGUUAGCCCAGACCUGAUUGAAAAAAUCACCGAGAGAGUGAGGAAAGAAAUUAUUGAACACCUCAAACAAACAGGAAAUGUCGAGGAGCAAGCCAAAGCUCAGCCCAUGCGAAGAGAUUCCUCGCCUAGCUCGACUUCAUCACAUCAUACAGGAAGAAUGACCCCGCCUUCGCCUACACAAUCUACUACAAGACCGGCCGUAUCUCCUGGACCGGCGGGAAGGUUUUCCGAAAGAGAACCGCAGAAAAAGACCUUGGAAUUAAGUACGAUAGACUUGAAAUGGGGGACACUCUUCUCUAGUGAAGGAGUACCAACUAAGCGGCUGGGGGAGUUUCUCAGAGGUCUUGCGAACCAUAUGAUUGCGGAGUACCAUCCCAAGAAGAGCAUCGUAGUGACGCCCACCAAGAUGGUCAAAUAUUAUACAGAUUAUGCUCUAGAGAACGAACCUCAUCCACUUCUUUCUGUAUUCCGAGCCCAGUCGAAUGAGACUAUAUCACAUCUAUACAGAGAUCUAGGCUGCGAGCAUUUCUUGGUGCAAGAAGACCCCAAAGCAAGGCCUGCGGUCCCUGCUCUCACAGCUUUGGGGUUUGCACAAUGGAUGACGAUAAACAUCUUAUCCUACCCCGAAGAAGAAAGCAGUCGACUUGAGAGAGUUGUGUUGGACUUACCAAUAGAUGCCGAUGGUGAGGACAUCGAUGGAAAACCCGAGAGGCUUCCCAAGCAAAUUUCUAGACAUUUACUGCCUGAGAGAGCAGAGAGGGAGUCCAAAGAAGUUCUUAAGGAUGCUAUUUCUGAUUUCCUCGAAGACUUGGGAGCGGCAAAUAGGCGCAGGGCUACCGUUAGCCCACCUAUCCGCCGACGAUCAUCUACAUCUCAAUCUCGAACCCGCCCGGUUGAGAUCCACCAAACCAAAACAGUACCCAAAUCUUCCAAGGUCCAACCGAUCGAGAGAGAGCGCAAGCCUUACGGAACCGCCUCGGACUCUUCAAUCGAAGAGACCAUCAAGAUUGAACGGGAAAGACAGCCCUAUUCUGCACAACCAGGAAAUGGCAAAGUAUAUACUGAAAAGUCGAACCAUAAAGCCUCUUCCAGCCGAAAAACCUCAACGAGUCGUACACGAGAUCAGCCCGAGGGCCGUGAACGACGCCAUCGAUCUCAGUCCACAAGUACAAGUGCCUAUGUCCCUCCACCUCGGGCUGGCGGCAGCACCCACAAGUCCCGAAGAACUAGCAGCCCGCCAAUCAAAUCGUUCAGCACCUCUACACCUGCCGACAUUGAUAUGGGCACUAGCUCUAAAUACCCUCCUCUAUCCUCUUCCUCAUCGAGCUUCACAUCCCAAAAUCAGCCCCAAAGCCAGCAGAGUCAGCAGAGCUUCAACCCCGGCUCCUAUGGUUCAGCAUCUAGCGCCUCUAACACCUUCCUGCCUCCGCCUCCCCCUCCCAUCGAUAUCAGAAACAACCCCAAGCGCUUAUCUCGCGAUGAACGGCCGUAUAGCCGCAGACUGACUGAUGAAGAAGGACGUCUCGCAACUGGCGAAUUCAAUAGCCCACGAGACGCAGAGCGUUGGGAUCGCUAUCAAGAAAGCACAGGGCGGGACGUUGAAUACGGCAGUCGGGGCUCUGCUCCCGUUGAAUCAACAGACCCAGCAUCUUCUUCGAACAGAGUGCCGAGCGAAGACUGGUAUCGCGAUUCGAGGGACAAGAAGCGGACAAGUGGAUAUUAUGGCACGCGGGGCGGAUAUUGA